ACAACUCAGUCAGGGCAGGCAGUCCACCAUUCAUCUCUCUCUUUGCUCCUACUUCAUUCACUUCCCUCCACUUCCCUCCUCAGAAACACACCCCCCCCCCCGGCUAAAAUGCGCCGGGGUUUCAGCGGCCGGUGGGGCACGACAUUUUCUCCGGUGCUCCUCGCACCAGCAGUUCUCUCGCUGCUGCUGUUCCUCUUUGUGGGCCCUUCCACUGCAUGGCGCCCCUGGCCCCGCACGAGGCUCAACGGCUCUGAUCCCCUCUUCGACGGGUCCAAGAAGUACGAGGGCUCCUCCGAGUUCGUCCACCUCAGGUACCACAUGGGCCCCGUCCUCACCAACAACAUUACCGUCCACACCAUCUGGUACGGAUCCUGGGCUCGGGCUCAGAAGAAGAUCAUCCGCGGGUUCAUCACCUCCAUCUCCGCCGUCGGAUCCAAGCACCCUUCCGUCUCCGGCUGGUGGCGGACCGUCCAGCUCUACACCGACCAGACUGGGGCCAACAUCUCCCGUACGGUCCGGCUAGGGGAGGAGAAGAAUGACCGGUUCUACUCCCACGGGAAGGCCCUCACCCGCCUCUCCAUCCAGAGCGUCAUCAAGAGCGCCGUAACGGCCCGCACCAAGCCCUUGCCGGUCAACCCAAAGAGCGGCCUCUACCUGCUCUUGACGUCCGAGGACGUGUACGUUCAGGACUUCUGCGACAACGUCUGCGGUUUCCACUACUUCACCUUCCCCUCCAUUGUCGGGUACACGCUGCCGUACGCGUGGGUCGGCAACAGCGCGAAGCUGUGCCCGGGCGUGUGCGCCUACCCCUUCUCCGUCCCCAAUUACAUGCCGGGAUUCAAGCCCGUGAAGUCGCCGAACGGAGACAUCGGAGUGGACGGGAUGAUCAGCGUCAUCGCCCACGAGAUCGCCGAGCUGGCGACGAACCCGUUGGUAAACGCCUGGUACGCGGGGCCGGACCCGAGCUUCCCGGUCGAGAUAGCGGACCUCUGCGAGGGGAUCUACGGCACCGGAGGGGGCGGGUCCUACACGGGUCAGAUGCUGGAGGGCGGAGAUGGAGCCACGUACAACAUGAACGGGAUCAGGCGGCGGUUUCUGGUCCAGUGGGUGUGGAACCACGUUGUCAGUUACUGCACCGGCCCGAAUGCGCUCGACCAGUAAUCUAUACGUACUAAUAAUAUUAUUAUUUAAACUUUGGAAUGUAAUAUAAAAAAAUAUUGAUUUACUUCCGUUGAUUAAUUAGAGUUUUUUUUUUCUUUUUUUCCCUCCUCUUUCUGUUUCUGCUUGUGAUGGGUUUCUGGGGUUUGCCCCUUUUGAUUUUUGGUUCCUGCUAGUACUAUUGGUGGUGCAUGGUCAGUUAAUAGUUAUGGUAGUUAAGUCUGUUAUAUAUGUAAUAAAUUGUCGUAUACUGCCUCUUGUAUACAAAUUAAUUACGACAGAUUUUGUGUAUCAUUAUGUAUGGUGGCCGUAAUUAUUUC